AUGGUUCAAAGUCUAAAUGUGUCCGGCAUUGUCAAUGCAUUUCGUUUACUGUGGAAUCCAAGUCUAGCAGUUCCUCACCUUAUUGUGAAUGACAUACGCAACAUACACUUUGAGCAGCUCAAGCGUCAAGGUGGUAUCCAAGCGAUGGGCUUUGACAAGGAUAACUGCUUAACGGCUCCCUACGUUCCACAUAUCCAUCCUCCUUUUGAAAAAGCAUGGGCCGUAUGCAAGGAAACGUUUGGACGUGACAAGAUCGUGAUCGUCUCCAACUCGGCAGGCACCCCUGAUGAUAAGGAUCAUGCGGAUAAGUAUUUACAGUCGACGAAGUUACAAGAUGCACUAGGUGUGCCUGUUUUGAGACAUGAGGAAAAGAAGCCAUCGGGUGGUGCAGCUCUUGCAAGUCAUUUACACCCCAUUCCAGCGGACAAGAUUGCAUUCGUUGGCGACAGGAUAUUGACCGAUGUGGUAUUUGGGAACUUGAAUGGCAACUUUACUAUUUGGACACGGAAGAUUGUAACCGAGACUGGUGACAACAAAGCUGCAUUGAUUCUGCGACGCUUUGAACAUGGGCUUAUUCGCUUCCUACAAUCGUUGAAUGUCAAACCACCAUCACAUCCAAUGGAUCAAAAGACGAGUCAAUACAUCAAAGAAUAG